AUGGCCAAAGUCUACACAACAGACCACUCGAGCUCCGUCAUGCGCACACACGGCUGGCGCACGGCCUCCAACUCAGCUCCCUACCUGCUCCAGCACCUAAAGCCCAACAUGCGCAUCCUCGACGUGGGCUGCGGCCCAGGGACCAUCAGCACGGAUCUCGCCAAGUAUGUCCCAGACGGAGAGGUCGUGGGCGUAGAAUACGUUCCCGACCCACUAGAGGGCGCGCGGCAGUUCGCCGCUGCUGCGGGGGUGACCAACAUCAGCUUUGAAGUGGGCGACAUCCACGCACUGAAAUUCCCAGAUGACAGUUUCGACGUCGUGCACGCGCACCAGGUCCUGCAGCACAUCGCGGACCCCGUGCAGGCUCUACGAGAAAUGCGGCGCGUUGUCAAGCCCGGCGGUAUUGUUGCCGCUCGGGACUCUGCCACGUUUGAGUGGUAUCCCGAGAAUGAAGGAAUUGCCGCGUGGAAAGACGUAGUGGAUAAGAUGCAGCGUACUAAAGGCGGGAAUCCUCAUCCCGGGAGGAUGAUCCAUGUCUGGGCGGCGAAGGCGGGCUUUGCGAGGCAGAAGAUUGAGAAAAGUGUUGGGACUUGGUGCUUUAGUAGUGAUGAGGAGAGGGCGUAUUGGGGCGGGUCGAUGGCGGAGAGGGCGCAGUCCUCUGGGUUUACGACUAUGUCUAUUCAAGAAGGUUAUGCGAGCCGCCAGGACUUGGAGAACAUCGCAUCGGGGUGGCGGACUUGGGUGGAGGAUCCAGAUGGUUGGUUUGCGAUGCUGCACGGGCAGAUUCUGUGUUGGAAAGAGUAA